AUGCCCACCAAAGUGUUUGUGACCGGAAUCACCGGAUAUAUUGGAGGUGACGCAUUCCACUUGAUUCAGAACUCCCAUCAGGAUUUUGAAUUCUCAGCAUUGAUUCGGAGUGAAGAAAAAGCGCAGCAGGCUCGCGAGAAGUACCCGGCUCUGCGGACCGUUAUUGGUGACUUGGACGAUGUCGACAAGAUCACAGCUGAGGCUUCUUGGGCAGAUAUCGUGAUCCACACGGCGGAUUCAUCCGAUCAUGUUGGUGCGGCCAACGCGAUUGCCAAGGGGAUGGUCGAUGGCCACAGUGUCGAUCGCCCCGGAUUCUGGCUACACACCGGAGGAACGGGGAUUCUGACAUACUUCGAUUCGGAUGUCCGCAAGGUGUUCGGCGAACAUGACGAGAAAGUGUUCAACGAUGACGAUGGAGUAGACGAGUUGACGAACCUCCCCUCGGCAGCAUUCCAUAGGAAUGUGGAUGAGAUCGUCCUGAAGACUGGUAUCCGAAAUGCCGCAAGUGUCAAGACAGUCAUCGUCUGCCCUCCUACUAUAUAUGGCCAAGGACGAGGCCCAGGUUCGGGCAGAGGACGCCAGGCAUACGAGUUGGCCUCGUUCAUCCUGAAGCAAAAGUACUACCCUCUGAUCGGAAAGGGCCUGGCUCGCUGGAAUAACGUGCACGUCGCCGAUUUGAGCAGGCUGUUGGAGGCUCUUGUUGAUGCAGCUCUUGAUCCCUCCAAGAAGGAUGACAAGGAAAUCUGGGGUGCCAAGGGCUACUUUCUGUGUGAAAACGGGGAACAUGUAUGGGGUGAACUUUCGAAAUACAUUGGCGAAAAAAGCUUCAGCCUGGGUUACACCCCGAAAAGGCCUACGUGCAAACAGUGGUCCCUUGACGAGGCUGUCAAAUCGCCGGCCGGAUUUGAGGCUGCCAGCUGGGGAUGGAACUCGCGAGGCAGGGCUGUUCGUGCUCGCAAGACUUUGGGCUGGCAACCGAAGGAACGAACUCUAGAGGACGAGGUUCCCGACAUCAUCCAUGCUGAAGCUGCCAGGCUCGGUUUGCGAGCUACUUGAGGCGACUUUGCCUAGAGGGACAGGUAUUCCCUCGUGACUGGGGAUUGGAGAAUAGUUGACGUACAGCCAGCAACCCCUCUCUAUGCUGGGACAGUAAAUGGAAACCAAUGCAUGUCCUUAUAUCUUUUUCGUCUAUCCGGAAUCGUAGUUUAGAGGUGUAUUGUUGACUCCUCUGAAGUAGCGUCGCUGAAAUACCCCAUAUAUAAUCUUCCUUAUGUGUUGAUUAGA